AUGGCAGUCACAAAGCUGCUUGCAGGUCUUCUCCUCCCGUGCGCAUGGGCUUCCCUGCGUGUGGCGGACGUCAACCUGACUCGACGCUUGGCAGAGCCGAGACCCUCGACGAUCACUGGGUGCCCUGCGGACUACAAGGACUGUGGCCAAUGCAGAUGUGUACCUCCGACAGUGUGCAGCAAGUGUCCAGCAGAAACAGCAUCAAAGCCGGUGGCUGCUCCCUCUGCGGAUCCUUCUGGUGAUUCGGACAACGAACCAGUGCCCUCUGCCAUCAUCGGCUGCCCUCGCGGAUUCGUGGAUUGCGGCAGCUGCCAAUGCGUGCCGCGCUCCAGCUGCCAGUAUUGCGGCGGCUCACGGCCCCCGUUUCCUCCGUCCGGCGGGUCGGAACCUCAGCCGUCAGAGACCCCCGGCUGCCCCGCAAGCUAUGUGGACUGCGGCACCUGCCGGUGCGUCCCGGAGUCCACUUGCCAGUGGUGCCCCGGGUCAGGGACAGGUGUGCCAGGUCCCAUUGAGACGGUGCCCACACGGCCCUCGGAUGUGAUCGGCUGCCCGGCCAGCUACGUGGACUGCGGCACCUGCCGAUGUGUGCCCGAGUCCACGUGCCAGUGGUGCCCUGGCGCUGAGACGGCCACCACGGAGGAGCCCGACUUUGACAACGAGACCAACGUGACCGACACCACGGAGACGACCACCAUGGGCUGGCACAUCGUCUCCAGGCCCUCAGAGGUGCCCUUCUGCCCGCGUGGGUACGUGGACUGCGGCACCUGCCGCUGCGUGCCGGAAUCCUCCUGCCAGUGGUGCCCCGGGGCCUGGGUCCCCGGCGUCCCGUCCCCGACACCAGAGACUCCAACCCCAGUGCCGCGGCCGGUGCCCACACCAACGCCCACACCUGUGCCCAGCCCGGCGCCGCGACCCUCCGAGGUGCCGUUCUGCCCCCGAAACUACAAGGACUGCGGGUGGUGCCUCUGCGUGCCGGAGUCCACGUGUCAAUGGUGCGGCGGGGAGCAGAGCGAGCUGCCCGUGCCCAGGCCAGGACCUCCCUCCCCGGCCCCGGCACCCAGGCCUUCCACGAUCAUCGGGUGCCCCGCGGGGUACUUUGACUGCGGCACCUGCAUGUGCGUGCCCCGCAGCAGCUGCCAGUGGUGCCCAGGUGCCAGCCCCAACUUUGUGCAGAACCACACGGAUGGCACGGACGGCCGGGAUGGCCCUUACGCUAUGCAACGCCUGCGGUGCCCGCAAGAGCUGGGCUGCACACUGCCCCGGUGCCCCGCGCUGGCCGAGCCGGGCUGCUUCGACCAGGAGUUCACCUGUGAGCGCUGCUGCGACACCAGGGCCAUCCCCGUGGGCGAGCUCAGCUGCUGGAUGGGCGACAUCCGCUUCCCCACGUGCUGCGGCCUCACCAAGAUGCGCAUGCAGGCUGCGGCGCUGCUGCCUGCCAUGGACCACCUCUCCGGUCCCGCGACGUGCCCUCCAAACGCGCAGAAGCACUGCUUCGAUGCCUACUUCCCAUGUGAGCGCUGCUGCGACACGCGCAGAGGAGCUCAAGGGGACCUGGCCUGCUGGCCGGACACCGCGCCCCUGGGCUUGCGGACGCUCAGCUACAACUUCUGCUGCGGGCUGAUGCCCUUCGCCAGCAGCGAGCAUCCGCGGCUGACUCGCGCCAUGGACGCCGCCAAGGACUUCUUGGAUUCCACCGCGGAGCGGGCAGACCUGAAUCAGUAUUGGUUCUCCCCGGGCACGGUCUCCUGCUUCGUGGCGGAGAUCUGCGAGACAGCCGGCAGCGCGGCGCUGGUGUCCACGCCCAGCGUCUACUUCAGCCUCCCGGAGGACGUGCGGCGGCGCUGCAAAGUCCUGGACUUCGACCGCCAGUGGACGUCGGACCCAGGCUUCGUGUUCUACGACUUCAACCAGCCAGAAGACUUGCCAGAGGAGCUCCGUGCAUCCUUUGACUUUGUCCUCAUAGACCCCCCCUUCAUCACUCGGGAGGUCUGGGAGAAAUAUGCGGUGACUGCUCGCCUUCUGUGCCGCGAGGGCGCCAAGCUGCUGUGCACCACCAUAGCGGAGAAUGGGGCGAUGAUGCAGGAGCUGCUGCAGGUGAGCCCGGCGCAGUUUCGGCCGAGCAUACCCAAUUUGGUCUACCAGUACUGCAUCUACGUGAACUACUCGUCCACUCGCUUGAGCCAACUCAACCCCGAGAUCGACGACCGUGUCUGGCAGGCGCCUUCGAAGCCGGAGCGGGCCGAGCCGGAGCGGCCGCUGGACCGCGGGGGCUCGGCAGAGCUGGAGGAACACAGCGAGCAGCAGGCAGUGCCGGAGACGGCGGAGACGCAGCUCCUGUCGGAGCUCCGGAGGCACAUCUCGCAGCUGAAGCGGGCGCUGGAGGCCAUCCAGGCGCCGCUGCAGACGGCGCAGCGACGGAGCGGCGGGAAGGGCCGCGCGGCGGAGCAGGCGGAGGCCAAGGUGACCGCUGCGCGAACCGCAGCGCGGGAGGCGUUGGGAUCUAUGGAGGAGUGGCUGCGAGCCAACGCAUCGGAGGUGGCUAGCGCCAUGGGCGAGGAAGACAGCGAAUGGCAGGAAAGAGAUCGCUGGCAUUUGCGCGGCGCGCGGGACCUGCUGGCUGAGCUGGGCGAGGCGUGGCCUCAGCAGUGCCGCGGCCUUGCGGCGCAGCUUUUCCGCGCCAAUGCGCAGGCGGGUGAAGGGGGUGGAGAGGAGCUGCUGAAAUUGGAUGCGUUUGAAAGGGCAGCUGCUAGUUGA